GCGAAAUAUGUUUGGUAUCCACCAGAGCCGCUGUCAGGUCCAACGUAUAGGAAGUUAUAUUUCGAACACAUGCCUCCAGGCGGCGCAUGCGCACCGGUCGCCAAGAAACGUAAAACGGGGUAGAGGGAUGAAAAGAGACGGUUCGGGGGUAGGCGAGAAAAGAAAGGACGCAUAGAAAAGCGCGGCCCAAGCUAGGACGUACGGCCGUACUCCCCUGGCUCUAACUCCGCCGACUAGAAUGGAAAAGUCGAUUCUAUAGUUGAUAAGUUGAGGUCGACAGCGGUCCCAGGUCUGUGAGCUUCACAUUCGCUGUCAAAACGUUCGCGUUUUGUGGCCGAUCUUCGCCUGAAUUUCUGUGGAGGGACUUCUUUCGUUUUGUGUUUGUGAUCAGUGGUUUGAUUUUUAUUUACGGCUAAUCGUGACGUCCGCGAGGGAAUUAUGUUGUGCGGUCUUCGGGAGUGCUGCAGCUGUUCUUAUUGGGUUUUUUAGGAAUAUAUAUGGAGUGGCCAGAGAAAAUUUCAGGGAAAAAUGAUGAUCCAAAUGCUCACUUGAAGAUUGGAAAGAUCCUAUCAAUUCAUUUUUUAUCUUAGAAGAAAUAAUUCCAAGUAUUUUCCGGGAAUGCCAAACAAAAUAACGUCCAACAAGACCGACCUGAUUACAUUAUGAAUCAAUGGUUUCAUUUUGGUCCAACGGUUGCAUUGUUGCUAACCUGGUGCUUUCAAACGACUGCCACCUUUAAACAACAAGGUGGAUGUUACUUCCCUGAGAAAUGGGAAGGAACAUGGUUUCAGUCUGGCAUUAGACAACCCGUCAUCAUAGAAAGUUCCAGGAUUAGUAGCAAAGGACGCUGUCUAGGUUCCGAAGGAGACAAAUUCUUGGUUGUUGAUGACAAAAGGGCUUGUUAUCGUUGUGUGGUGAUUCACGAGAAGCACGCUAACGUCCUACAGUACAAAGAAACUUAUUGUUACGGGAGAGAUUCUCUUCCAUCCCUGUGUAGUUACAUAACCGGAGACGCCCUCCUGUUCUCGAUGUUUCGGGAGAAUGCAACUCCUGUACCCUGCCCCUUUAAAGCCCCUUUCACGUUCACCUACAACAGAGGACACGGCGAGUGUAGAUCACCAGUGUCCAACAUCGAUUCCUGCACUGAAGACACCAAGCUGCUGCUCAGUUACCAAUCGUGUCCUGAUGUUCCUGGAACUGAAAGUGCAGUGGAAGAGCUCCAAUGCCUAGCAGCUUGGAAGGAAGGAAGCUCUAGGUACCUAGUGGGUAAAGUUGACCACAUCCAUGCCCUCUCCAAUGAGGACAGGUACAGGUGCUUCGUCUACGAGAAGGUCUCACCCGACGCGAUGGAGGACGUCGAUUACAGGGUGGCCCAGAGUGGAGACGCCACCUGCAACGGUCUUUUUAGUGCCACCGAAGGCAGUCGCACGAUGAUCCUUCGCAAGGCUCCAUCCUUGAACAAAUGCCAUUUUCCGUCAUGGAUGACGAAUUACAACCACUGGCACAGUCUGGAUUACUCGAUGACGUACAGCUUUCACCACAGGGAUGCCACCCUGAGAAUAGGAAAUUCCACUUCUGGAACAGAGAUGAAAGUGCUUUGCACGCACGUGAAAUACGCCUCCAGAAAUGAGAGUGCUGUUGUACUUUUGACUCACUUCACUAUGGGAUGCCAAAGCGGCUACAUGUGCAUGUCUUUCAACCGCAGAGAUGCUCACGUGAUGGAAGUGCAAAUUGGAAGUCAAACCAAGCGGCUGGAAGAUGCUUGCAGUGCUACCAACUUCAACAUAUCCAGUCAAUCAUACGUUACCCUCGUCACGACAACCCCCGAAAGAAGGACUUGCCCCUUCAUGGGUAAAUUCGAGGUGGACAGCCUCAUGAGGAUAGGGAGGUUCCUCCACAGCAAACCCUAUCAGCAGAUAGACUCGAGAUUCUUCGACAACUACUUCCUCAAGAAGAAACAACAGAAUGUCGUGAACUUUCAACACCGACGAUCCAAGCGAUUGGACCAAGAGCUGGACUGUGAUAGUGAUGGUUUUACAAAUCUGAUUAUAGGAUGUAGUUCUGUAGAUACAAUGGAGUUCAAGACAGACUGUUCUUCGGCUGUUUCAACGACAACGUAUGCCUGUCACGGAAGAUGGGAAGAAAAUGGCACUAACUACCUAAUAGUUUCUCCAAUAAACACAAAGUUGUCCCAUCUGACACGUCGAUACUGCUUUGUAUACAGAGAGAUCGCUCCUGGUACAAUAUACUUCUCCACUUCUUCUUCCAACUGCGAUCGAAAUAUCAGGCCUGGUUUGAGUGGGGAAUUGAUCUUCAAUAUCACCAGUAUUGGUAAAUGCAUAGUGGUGAGUGGAGCUACUAGAGUGAACGCUGAACCUCAUAAUUUAGGACUCAUCUACACAAUUUCAAUAGCCAUCCUGAUCUACGUUCAAAGAUGAUCAUUAGCCCUAUCCAGAAAUUAGGAUACAUUUAAUUAAAUGAGACUGUAUGGCCCCAAGGGCUUAUUUUGUUAUCAAGAGAAGAUGUGUAUUUAGUCUUAUUAUUGUUCAUGAAGAUUUCACUAUUAAUAGUUGAUGAAAUACAAAGAUCUAUAAAAGAGUUAUUAACAUUUGAUUUAUUUGGGUGUGAAGAAAAAAUAAUUAUUGAUAUCAUUAUUUGAUUUGUCCUUUUAUAUUAGCAACUCUUGAAUGAAAAUCAUAAUAGGAAAAAUGGGAGAUGAAAUCUUUUGAAUCGUUUACAAAACUUGAAAAUAGAUGUUGUCCUA